UUAUCUUAAAAAUUCUAGUUUUUGCCAUCAAGAUAAUCUCGAUGGUUUUUGCUUCAGCCUUCACAUAUUGUAAUUUAUGCCGAAGAACUUUGUAAACAUUCUCUUUAAAAACUGUAUGAAGUUUUUUAUAAUCGUGAUUAACUGUCCAUAAUUUACACUCAUUUUGAAGAUUCAUAUAAAUCAUUUACCCUAUAGCAGUAGUUACCUGAGACAUUAAUAAAAACCAUAAUUCUUGAGACAAAAUACCUGUUGUUCAAUCAAAAUGGUUUUACGGUACAUCAAACGAACCUACAAUCGUAUGUUUCUUGCAAAACCUUCUAAACCUCCAUUUGCAAACCAUGUUGCUCAGAUUGGCGAUCCAGUGCUAAGAAAUAAAGCUUUUCCAAUUGAUGAUGACGGCAUACGUUCUAAGGAAAUUCAAAAUUUAAUUUCAGUUUUAAAAUCGACGAUUAAAAGAUGUGAUCUAAUUGGAUUAGCAGCACCUCAAGUUGGCAUACCACUCCAAUUAUUUGUCAUUAAUUUUCCGCAUCCAUUAAAACAUUAUAGUAAAGAAGAAGUAUGUUUAAAACAGAUGGAACAUGUAGAACAACAGGUUUGGAUAAACCCAGAAGUUAAAAUUUUAGAUCACACCAUAGUCACAUUUAACGAAUCGUGUGCAAGUUUUAAAGGUUAUUCGGCUGAUGUCCCAAGAUAUAGCAGAAUAUUGCUGACAGGAGUGAAUGAAAAUGGAGAAACCCAAAAAUUAGAUGCUAAAGGAUGGACAGCUCGAAUAAUACAACACGAAAUGGACCAUUUAGAUGGAAUCAUGUUUAGUGAUCGCAUGAUAGUUAAUACUUUAUGUUGUACAGGUUGGGAUACAAUCAAUAAAUUUCAAGGUUUUGUAGAAUUAAGGUAUGAAAAUUAGAAAGUGUUGUAUUUAUGUUGGCGGACUAAAUUUGUUACUGUGAACUCAUAAAAUAUAGUAGAUAAGUCUAAUUAAUAAAUAUAGUAUAGUUAUUCCUUCAUUUAA